UCUUUUACUUCUCCAUCUAGCCUAUAGAUCUGAAAUUUUCUGGAAAUCUCCCAUCCAAGGACUAACCAGAUCUGGUUCUAUAAAGAGGUUUUUAUUGGAUUUGGGAGCACGAAAGGAAUGUAGAGUACAGCCUGUUAAUUGUGCUAUGAAAGUCCAUGUUUAUCACUUGGCUCUCUUUUUUUCCAGGACAGUGAUCCCAAAAUGGGUUCAUCCCAUUCUUCGAUCUGUAGCGGAAGAAAUAGAAUCCUUUGUUCCCCAGCCUUAUCGAGGAGAGAUUCAGGGGCUUUCCGAAGUCCUGGGGAUUAACGUUGGUGAUGGACUCUUGCUCAAUAUGGCCUAUGAAUUCACCGCAUUCUGCACCAGUAUUGUUGCUCAAGAUAAACAAGGAAAUAUAUAUCAUGGUCGGAAUAUGGAUUAUGGGUUUGGAGAUAUUUUACGCAAGCUUACCAUCGAUGUGGAUUUUAUCAAGAAUGGGCAGGUAAAAUUCAAAGGCACUACAUUCUUUGGUUAUGUUGGUUUAUGGACGGGGCAAAGUCCACACAAGUUUUCAGUCUCUGGGAACGAGCGUGAUAUGGGCUACUGGUGGGAGAAUGCCAUAGCUGCCUUUUUUGCUCAAUACUCUCCAGCCAGCUGGCUUAUCAGAACUGUUCUAAGUGAAGCAGAAGAUUUUGAGACAGCUGCUUUUAUGCUCGCCAAAACGCCCAUUAUAGCAGAUGUUUAUUAUAUCAUUGGAGGCACAUCAUCAAGAGAAGGUGCUGUUAUUACAAGAAGUAGAAGAGGCGCAGUAGAUAUUUGGCCCUUGGAUCCUUUAACCGGGGGGUGGUACCGAGUGGAGACCAACUAUGAUCACUGGAAAGACCCACCACCUUUUGAUGAUCGAAGAGGUCCAGCUAUGAAAGCGCUAAAUGCAACAGGGCAGGAAAAUAUUGAUCUUGAUUCCCUCUUUAAGGUGUUAUCAGUAGCACCUGUAUUAAACAGUUUCACCAUCUAUACCACUGUGAUGAGUAACGCAGAUCCAGGAUCAUACAAGACUUUGAUCAGGAUACUGGAAUGAAAAUGGAAAAUGAAGGAAUGCAGGUCUUCGAAAACACAAAGGCAAGGGCUGUGUUUAUGAAAUAUAGAUGCAAAGUACAAGCCAAUGUAUAGACUUCUCUUCAGAAUCGCCAUCUUCAAAAGAAAAAGAAAGGAAAUUACUUCCUUAAGGCUUAGUGUCUGGGCAACAGAUAUUGAAAUAAUAGACAUGGAUUAAGACUCAAUUCCCCAGUCUUAGGAGGCAAUAUCUUUACCCUUUCUUUUAUUGAUUAAACAUAUUAUAUGGUGCUGUUUUACCCCAUUUGUACAAAAAUCAGCUUUCCCUUUUGCUGUAUGACUUUACCAUGCCUUGACUAGAUACAUUCUGACUUGAUAUUCCAUGGGAAAAUGCAUUGAAACCAUAAGAUACAAUUCUGGAUCUCAUCAGGACUUGAAUGGACUACUUUGGAUCAAUAUAUCCACAGGCCAACAGCAAGGUAUACAUGCAAAUAUAGCUCCUAUCUGUAUGGCAAACUCUAGAAAAAAUUAGUUUGAACAUCUGUUAAUUUCCAAGAUAGACAAAGAGCUCUCUGAAUUCGCUGCUUUGCAGAAGUACCUUAAAAAUAGGAGACAGACAAAUGCUGUCUUUGCAUGGCCUUUUCUUCUAGAGGAAGGGGGUGAGCCAAUGGCACUUCUGUAGCCCUCCCUUUUUCAGGUGUCAACUAUAUACAUAAUCCUUCAUAAAUGCACUUCCCAUUUCCUGUAAAAUAAAUAGGAUUCUAAAAAAUCAUUUAAAAGUUAAUUAACAUUUUAUAAUCCUUUCUGAUUAAUAGUUUCAGUGUUGCAAAAGCAUUAGGAUUUAUACUUUGAAAUGUCCUUAAUCUUUAAAUGAAAGCUUCAGGCCAUAUUAUAAAAUUUUAAAAUCCUUUUUGACUAAUAGUUUCAGUGUUGCAAAAGCACUAGGAUUUCUACUUUGAAAUGUCCUUAAUCUUAAAAAAGCCACUUUUUCCUUUUUCUUUUGUUGUGAAAUGUCGUCACGAGCAUCUAAUGAUAGGGCUGAAAAUAAAUUGACU